GCUGUCAGCAGUCGAUGAAUCCAAAAUGGCGAAACCUGGAUCGAAAGUUUAUUUCACCGUUUGUUUUAUUGUGUUUUACAGCCACUGUGUGCUUACAGAUUUUCCAUCCAGGAUUGAAAUGGAGCACUGGUCUGACCUGUUAAGAAGGGAGCUAUAUGACUUGUUUGAUGGUGCUACAGGCUACAACACCAUUCCAAGGGCAUAUAAUGAUGAGAGCAAAAUUGAUCGAAGCCCGUUUCAGCUGAACUUCCAGGAUGUGGACCCUGUGGCGAUUGUUGACAAAAUGGCUGUCUCUCUCAGCUCCAUGCUCGAAAACAAGAUGAAAGCCUUGAAGGAUUCUGUUGAAAAAGCUGAAAGAGCAGCCAAAGGGCAUGUCUGGAGUAAUGACAUCACUAAAGAGAAAUGCUUAAAGUCGAAGGAAAUCAAGCCAGAUGAUCCACGUCUUGUAUACAAUGAGCGAUUUAAACAGAUGAUAAUACCCAACAUGUCCAGCGUACACAUUCCUGUGGAAAUUUAUGAUGGAGAUAAGGAGAUCCUGAACGGCCUCAAGUGGUCAGCAGCUUUGGAUGAGGUGUUCUAUGAAAAUUACCAGAACGACCCUGAGAUUCUAUGGCAGUACUUUGGAAGUCAGUCCGGCUUUAUGAGGACUCUCCCAGCAAGUCGAUGGAAUACUGGUGAAGAGGUGGACCUUUAUGAUGUGCGCAGAAGACCUUGGUACACUCAGGGCUCCAGCUCACCUAAGGACAUGCUGAUUCUGAUUGAUACGAGUGGAAGUGUUCAAGGUCAGGCCCUGGAGUUGAUGAAGGUGGCCGUCAAGUCUCUACUUGACACCCUCGGAGAAAAUGAUUUUGUCAACAUUGUUCAGUUCAGUUCCGAAGCUAAGAGCGUUUCAAGCUGUUUUGGAGACAGAUUUGUACAAGCUAACUACAUGAAUAAAAAGAAACUGAUAGAAGAAGUUGAUAAUGUUCAGGCUAUUGGAAUGGCCGACUUUGGAGCUGGCUUUAGAUUUGCCUUUGAGCAGUUUGAUAAGCUGAAGAACCAGACUGCUGGAGAGAGAGGGGCGGAGUGUAACCGCAUGAUCAUGUUGUUGACAGAUGGGGGCACAGAUGAGGCACAAGAGGUCUUUGACAAGUACAAUCCAAAGAAGAAAAUGAAAUACCGAGUGUUUACCUAUGCGGUGGGGCCAACAGCCAAUCCAGUGUCAGCUAUCAAAAACAUAGCAUGUAGAAAUAGAGGAUAUUUUUCCCAAAUACCUGCGAUGGGAGCUGUGACUUCAAAAGUUCAGGAGUAUGUUGAUGUUAUAGCGCGGCCGCUCGCUUUACAAAGCGUCCAGGAGACAAUAUGGACGAGUAUUUACCCUGAUAUGUACAUCAGUCCGGACUUCCUGAAUUAUCCAGUUCGAGCAAUGGAGAUGUAUUCAAUUCCCCUAGAGCGGCAGUAUCAAUUUUCUAUAAAGCUGGAUCCCUGGGGUCUGGGUAUGAUGACAACAGUCACACUGCCAGUCUACAAUACAACACCAAGCACUGCUAACCAGACAAUCCUGGGUGUGAUGGGUAUUGACGUUACCAUCGAUUCCAUGCUCAAGAGAGCACCUCUCAGAAUGUUUGGACCGAAUGGGUACCCGUUUGCCGUCAACCCCAAUGGCUAUGUUGUAUUUCACCCGAAGCUGGACACAAUGACGUCUGAGAUGAAGGAGCCACCAAAUGUAGACAUACUGGAACUGGAGGUGGACACACCCAAAAUCAGACAGCUCCGAAGGAGGAUGAUAGACCGGGAGACGGACACGGUGGCCUUCGACACCUACACACUAUCCUUGGACAAGAGACAUGUAGACAAGGAGAAGGAUGACAGACAGAGGACAUACUCAUUCAGACCCAUUGACAACACCUCAUUCAGCCUGGGUGUGAGUAUUCCUAAGUACCAGCAACAUCAUCUGAACAUCAGUAUGAGUCAGGACAUUCAAGCAUUCAUCACCAGGAACCCAGAUUUGUUGAACAUGACUGGUGCUGCAUUGCUGAUUGCUGACUGGGAUUACUACACAAACUUCACAGUCAGUGAAAACCUGACUGGGACCGUGUUGGACCUGCUUACUGCACUAGAGGAUAGUCAGACCGAAUGGGACCGUGAGUUGAUCAACCAUCUGUUGUUUGAUCUUAAUAUGACUACAUACAUACGGGACUUCUGGUCCGUCACAAACUUAGAUUUUGUGGGAGCCUUCCUCAGUACAAUGGGAGGACUGACUGCUGUCUAUCCUAAAAGCGAUGAGUUACUCGAGCUGUUUAUGAAAGAGCGUGAUACAUGGAAGGCAAACUACUUCAAGCGAGCCAUUGACACCGACUCCCUCAUGUUUAGUGCCCCAUAUAUACUGGUUCCGAAGAAGGAUGGUAAUGACUCUGUGGGCAAUGUGAUGAUCUCCAAGUCUGUCAGUAUCAACAACAGUGACCUCAACUCUAAACUACAGGGACAGAAACUCAACUACAAGGCAGCAGUGUAUGGCGUGGUAUUCAGCCACCAGACUGUACUGGAGGGUCUGAAGAAGCGUGUGCAGGUGUGUGUGCAGUCAGAUGUGACUGCGUGCCACCUGCUGGAUGAUGGAGCCUUCCUAGUGGCCACCAACCAACACAACUUCAACACCAGUGUUGGAAUGUUCUUUGGGAAGGUGGAUCCAGAGGUGAUGAGUAUGCUGUACAACGAGUCCUUCUUCAGCAGACUGGAUCAGUAUGAGUUUGGGACGUCAUGUAAACUCCCCAAUGACUCUACUACAAGUACAGGGACACUAGCCUUCAGAAUCCCUUCUCUGAAUCUCCUUUAUGAGUUCCUGACAUUUAACUGGUGGUCAAGUGUUGUUACAUGGACAUGGUCCAACUUUAAUGUGUAUAGUUUGCUCAAUCCAUCUCCAGCAGCAGUUGUGGAGGCGAGCAGCGAUGAUGAUGAAGAGCCAUGUUCAAAGAAGCAGGCGCAGUAUUACUACAGUGAUGAUACAUGGAUGUCCGGGCGUACAUGGGAAUGUGAUGUCAGAGGGCUCAACUGUUCUAGGGAGUAUAUAGUUCAUCGAGUACUGGAUACGAACCUGCUUCUGGUGGUUACGGAGGUGAUGAAGGACGACUGUAAGGUCUGCAGGACCCAGGUGGAGCCUGACCUUGUUAUACAGGAGCUUGACAAAAUCACAACUAUGGAAGCGAAUGAGGAGUUUUGCAGUUUAAAGCCGCGGUACAGGAAACGUAUCACAGAUUGUUACGACCAUGAUCCAAGGGAGGAUGCAACAAAGUGUGGAGGAUCGCUGACUCAUCCAGUGUCCUACAUCCUGACCUUUGUAGUCGUCAUAGUGACCAGCAUUAUUGUCAACCGAUGACUCCUCCCACAGCUGCCUGAUUGAUUGAUUACUUUGAAAGCCAGUUGGAGAGUGGAGGGUGAAACAUGUAGCAAAGUGGAUAGCUUCCUCACACACUGUCAAACCAUUCCCGGAAUGAUCAAUUCCUUGUCAAUUAUAAGCUAACUCCUUUGUGCUUUUCCUUGAUUUGUUGAGUCUCUAUAAGGACAAAAACAUAUACCUGUCAUAAGCCUGUCAGAUCCUGGUGAAGCAUGUAAAUAAAGUGAAGCUUUAAAGUAUGCAAUAAAAAGAAUUUGCUUGUAAAAUAAACUUCUUGAUUAAAACAUAUAUUAAAAAAAACAAAGCCUAAGACAGCUGAAUCAGCAAUUUUCAGUGGUAACCAGCUUGAUUUAUUUUUACAGUUCUUUUAUUUGGGAUGAAAGAUAUACAUGUACAUGUUUUCCAUAUAUUAAACACAUGAUUUUAUGAUUGAUUUGUAAGAUGAUAGGGAGUGAAUACUGUGAUAAAACCCCUUUAAUUUGUUUGAAAUUCAUCAUUUGUAAGUAGAAUUGUUAACUUGUUCUGGUUGAAUAUUCUUUAAUAGUUUUUCCAUUUUCGGUGUUGUGACAUUGCUAUGUAAUUGUGUUGAUAUCAUCUGUUACUGCUACAUGUAGUUGUGCUCAAGUGUUAGACAUUGAAGUAUUUAUGUACAAUAGUACAAUUAGAGUAAAGCAAAGGGGCACUGUGGACACUUUGUAUGCAGAAUUUGUGCUAGAGCCACAUUCUUGUUGCAGAUCUACUUCAUGUCCCAAAAAGGAAAUGUUUUUCAGUAGUGUUACCCUCAAAUUGUAAUGCUGAUUUUGAAUGAAAAUGUACUUUGCAUUUUUUAUGAUCAGUUUGUUGAGGGAUGAUUAUCAAUCAUUUGUUGACUCCAUGAUAUCUUGAUCACUAUAAGGCAGAAACAUACUUGUAGAAGACAUCAAUUGGGUAAAUACAAACACUCUAUAGACGCUGUCGUAUACAUACAGGUACUUUAAAUUUAAUUAAGCAUAACUUAUUUUAUGGAAAUACAUUGUACAGCACAUCUAUCAUGUAUGAUAAGUAUUGAGGAGAUAUUUAAAAUGUAAUACCUCUCCCCUAGAAUUUUUGUUUAAUUAACUACAUUGUACAUGUAUAACAUUUUACAUACAAAUUUUAAAGAAACUUAUCCUUACCAUAAAGGGGAUUUGUAUAAAUAUUAAUUGUUUACAUUGGCAUGAUCAAGGAAGCCAUGGUAACGUUUGGUUUAUUUCUCAGUUUGCUGUGCAAUAGUUGGUAUAUUAUGUGAUUAAUCAAGAUUUAUAUGUGUAUAUUUGUAUUUUAUAUAAAAUCAAAGUUUUUAUGUUUGUAUAAAAGUUUAUUGUUUGUUACCUUUAUCUACAAAUGUUCCCCCUCUAUCUGAGUGUUGUGUGAUAUCUGUUUGAUUAUUGGAGGACCAACACUCGGUAACAAAUUCCUUGUUGAACCAUGUAUGUUUUAACUCAUUUUUGUUACUGGAAAAGUCAGAUUCAAAUGCAAUAAGAGUGAUUUUGAAUGUUAAAAGGCUAUCAGAGUAAGGAUUUGUCUUUUAUAAAAAAAACAUGCAUGAAUACUAUCAAAAUAUUACAAAUACUUUAACCCUGUGGAAUGAAAUAAAGACUUAUUUUCCA